AUGGCGGCUAUCAGCUUUCUGCUUCCAGUCCAGAGACUUGCUGUGCUGCACCAUAUUGUAACGCCAAAACCAACAGAAGCACCGUCUUCCACAUCUGGAAGUGACUCGGACAGUGAAGCAGAGACCAAGGAAAAGAGAAAGAAGCCGAGUGCACCAGAGAAGCCGGUCAAGAAACCAAAGCAUGGAGAGAGUUCCAAGCCAGGAGGCUCAUCCAAAGGCGGCAGUAAUGGUGACGACAACAUGCUCCAGAUUGGAAAGAUGAGAUAUGUCCGUGUCAGAGACUUCAAGGGUAAAGUCCUGACUGACAUCAGAGAGCACUGGAUGAACCAAGAUGAAGGGGAGAUGAAGCCAGGGAAAGGUGUCUCCUUGAGUCCUGAGCAGUGGAACCAACUGAAGGACCAGAUUUCAGAAAGUGACAACACCAUUAAGAGAGUUUAAGCAAUCCUUUCAGUCUCAUCUGUUGAGCUAAUUGAACAUGUUGGCCAAUUACAUUUGUUAAAAAAUAAAUGUUACAUAAAUUUGAAGGCCUCACCAAAGUUGUAGAUGUUAUGGUGAUUCAUCCAGUAUUUCCCAUCAUCUCCUUCAGCCGUUGUUGAGAUAUUUCUGUGUGGACUAACUGACUGAAUGACUGGGCUCAUAUAAAUAGCAUGGGGCUGAACUUUCAUGCACGACUUGAACCUGCAUGUUUGCCAGCUUUCCUAAUUGCUCCAUCCUCGUCUCAUAUUUCUCUCAUAGUUUCUUCCUGUCUGAGGACUUCCCCUGAGUAGGAUGUUGCACAGUUUUGCCGUAGGCAUCAGAACUACCAGAGAUACCAGAGGUUUGAAGCUCCGGUGGAGUGUUACAAUUCUAUUUUCCUCAGGAAAAAAAAUGAGCUAAUCGUCGUAAGAAACAGUGUGGACUCAUCAUUUAUACAGUGGAUGUUAUCGAUCAGUCUUUAUAAUCAAUUUUUAAUCAAAACACAAGGUCAAGAGAUCUUGUGCACACCUUUCUACUCUAAAUGAGGGAUUGUGGUCUAGUUUUGAUAAUUUAUUUAGAGAAAUGUCGAAAAAAUGGCGAUACACGGCAGCUUUAUUAUGAGGGAGCGAUGAUGGAAGUUGCAACGCUGUGAAAGAGCUUCUCUGUUAUAGAAUCUAAUCAUCACCAUCACUGGGUUGGAUUUUUACAUCUGACUUUUGUGUUUUAUUGCAAAACACAAUCUGUUGGAUAAACUUUGUUUUUUGCCCAGAGAGAGAAAGAACAACAACAACA